AUGCCUAAAAUCCCCAGACCACUUGAUGUGGAGAGAAUGAUUGUCCUAGUGCAGGAGAGGCCCUGCAUUUGGGACACACGCUCCGUGGAGUACCACGACCGGUACAAAAAGGAAGCUGCCUGGCAGGAGGUUACGCAGGAGCUUUUUUUAAAUGUGUGGGGCAAGACGUCCGAAAAGAAUCGUCAUGCUUUAUUUGAAGAGGUGAAAAACCGAUGGCGGAGCUGCAGAAACCAGUUCCGCAAGGAAAUGGUACAUAGCUGCAGUGGGUCUGGCCUCCCAAAGAAGCGGCCAUAUAUGUUUAAGGAGCAGCUUAUGUUCCUGCGUGCCAUAAUGGAUUUGCGUCCAACGGAGGACAACCUUGAGGAGGACUUGGAGGAGCCUUUGGAGCAGCACUCCAGCGCCUGUGAGGCGGAAGGGCCAUCCUCGCCACCUCCUACUGAUGUUGAAGAAGGGAGAGCAUCCAGUGCGUCCCAAGCGACUGCUCCCCCUCCUGUGGAAGUUGAGGCAGCAUUGGCAGGCCACACACGCCGAAAGAGACCAGCCCAGCCUGUGGACACCUCAGUAAACCUGCAGGUGCUUGAGUACCUCAAUCGUGCUCACCAUAAGGACACUUUUGACCUCUACGCAGGGAGUCUGGCCACCCAAUUUCGGAAUCUGCCUCCAGAACGAUACUUUCGUAUCCAAUCGUUAAUCAGUAUUGCUCUGGAGGCAGCCACUCCUCCUAAUGAUCCUUCGGAUCUUUUUAGAGCCUGCUCAACAUCUUCUACUGAUGCCUGGACCUCUCCUCCAAGACGUCGGCGCAGACAUGAGUCAUCAUCUGUGGAGGAGAGGCCUCGCGACACAGAGCCUGCUGCUGGAGAGGAGGAAGUUGGUGGUGGAGGACAUGAAGCGGUCGCUCGUCCCGUUGACUCCAAUAGAGGUCGUCAAUCUCAAGCCAGAGGAAGUCGUGGAGCCCGUGGCGGUCGUGUUCGUGUGAGUAUUUCAUAG